CCUAGAACAAUGUCUAAAGUGCUUGUAACAAGGAUGCAGAGAGGGAAUAUAUUUGUAUACACAACAUUCACAGUAUUGAAGAACUGGUGCCCCAGUCUGCUGAAUAUUUACUAAACACAAAAGCACCAAUAAAGCGAAUCAAACAAGUGCACAGAAGCAGAGACUUGACAGAACAUCCAUGGAGCUGCUGGGAAACAUUCAAAGUACAAUGAUGACAAGACACCAAAAGGCAGAGAUAAUGAUUGCCGGAGAACAGCUAAGAUUGCGGCUACAUGAUAGCAAGUUGAUCAAGGACCGUAGACACCAUUUGCGAACAUACCCGAAUUGUUUUGUGGCUCAGGAGCUCGUUGACUGGCUGAUUGCUCAUAAAGAAGUGCCUGAUCGAGAGACUGCUGUCCCGCUCAUGCAGCACCUCAUGGACCAUGAUAUCAUUCAUCACGUGUGUGAUAAGUGGCCUGUGUUCAAAGAUGCCCAAUAUUUAUACAGAUUCAGAAAAGAUGAUGGCACAUUUCCUUUCAACAUAGAGGUUAAGAUCUUCAUGCGUGGACAGAGGCUGUAUGAACAUCUGAUUACAAGCAAAGACUCCAUCUUACAGCUGAGACAGGAAAAGGGAGUGGCUUAUGUCCGUUCUUUCCCUGGUUACAUUUUAAUUGAUUGGCUGCUACAAAACGGUGAAAUAGAGAGUCGACGGCAAGGACUGGAUCUCUGCAAGGCCCUACUAGAGCAUGGUAUCAUUCAGCAUGUCUCUCUGAAGCACCACUUCUUUGACAGCGGGCUGCUGUAUCAAUUCUGCAUUAACUUUAGCUGGCGGCGCCGUCUUUCUGAACUGUUGCAUGAGACAGAGAAUGAAGAGGUUGAAUGUAUAACACAACAAAGCCAAGAAGACCAGGCUGGCAGUCCCUUCACUAUGCACAAAACUUCUCCACCUGAAGGCAACAGUGACUUCUUAUCUGUUCAACCUACUUUGGAUGGACGGUGUGGAAGUUUGACGCACCAGCAGCAUAGUUCUCGUGGAUACCCGCUCACUGCUUCUCUUACCGUUGCCCUUGCAGUACGAUGCAAUCCCACAUCAGUGCUGAAAAGAUGUGUAACCUGUGAAGAGCUGUUAUCUCCAGGUGCUCCUUAUGUAAAAAGAGUUCUUACGAUCCUCGGUGAUGCCCUAGGCUGGGGCUUUGUAGUGCGUGGAAAAUCACCUUGUUAUGUUCAGGCUGUGGAUCCUGCAAGCCCUGCUGCAGCAGCAGGAAUCAAGGUUCGCCAGUUUGUGUGCCGAGUGAAUGGAUGCAGUGUGCUUCACUUAGACUAUCGUACUCUUUCAAAGGUGGUGAUGACUGGACCCCGUGUUGUUACUUUGGAAGUCAUGGAACCACUGGAUUAAUUCAGU